AUGUGGCAGAACUUUCAACAGUCUUUCAAGGGUGAUAUCUUGAAGAAUCAACUGUGGAAGAUAGCUAGGAGCAACACAGUGCAGCUAUAUGAGCAGAGCAUGCAUGAAAUGAAGAUUCUUAAUGAAGAUGCCCACAACUGGCUGCAUGAGUUAGAGCCUGAAACUUGGGUCAAAGCUUUCCAGAGUAACACCAUCUUCUACAAUGUAGAAGAGAAGAGGAAUUGGGGAGAGCUGAAGAGGCAGCAAGAAGCUGCCAAAAAGAAAGAAGAAGCAGAGAUAAACAAGAAAGUUCAAGCUGAGACCAGACAGAUUAUUCAAGAGACAAUGAAAACAAUAACUGCUGAGAAAAAGGCAAGGCAAGAAGCGGAGAGGAGAGCUACUACUGAGAAGAAGGAGGAAGAGAAGAGAGUACAGAGGGAAGCAGCUGCUGCUAAAAGAGAAGAAGAGAAGAGAAUUGCUGCUGCAAAAAGAGAAGAAGAGAAGAAGUUAGCUGCUGCAAAAAGAGAAGAGGAGAAGAAGCUCGCUCCUACCAAAAGAGAAGAAGAGAAGAUUUUAGUUGCUGCAAAAAGAGAAGAGGAGAAGAAGCUUGCUGCUGCCAAAAGAGAAGCUAACAAGAGGCUUGCUGCUGCUCAGGAGAGGAUGAAGGCUGCUGCACAAAAGGCAAGGGAGCAAACCAUGGCUGCUGCAAAAAUAAAGUCAAGCUGCUUGGACAACCAAUCUGAUCUUCCAAAGAAGGCUCCAAGAUCUUCUAUGUUUGAUAUCUUUAGGUAG